AUGGAUAGCAAGACUGAAGUGUGCCCAGCUUUCCGUGAUAACAAGGAUCUGUAUGGCCUUGGUAUACGGCUAGGCUUUUACAUCCAAUGGGUGGGCUUGAUUAUAUGUGAGCUCUUCGACAAAAAGAAGCCAUGUAAUCAACCUAGGCAUUUACACUCCGAGUUUUUUGCGAUCCGGAUCACGAAUGGAUCGUUCGUUACCGCUGAGUUCAUCGCCAUUCUUGUGCAAAUAGCCAAAACAUCGCUCAAAUCUGAUCGGAAGACGGAGUUUAUCCAGCCCGUGGACAUUUAUAUCGUCCUACUGUUAUGUUUUGGCUCUAGUCUUUUCCUCGUGGUGGUUUUCAUCUGGAACAUGUUCACGCCGCUCAAUGUGGAAUACCCCGUGAGGCCAAGUCUACUGGCCGUUCGACUCAGCUGCUUGCUACUCACCGCGGUAUCUCUCUUCCAACUCUGGUUCUGGUCACAGAGUUUUGAAUUCGGGAAUUGCAAAGCGUACGGUUUCGCCUUUAACAAGACAACAAUAGACGAGAUCACCUUCCGAGUGACACAUGGAAUCCUCUAUGGAGUCCUCCUAGUGGUGGUGCUAUUGAACUUCAUCAGUUCCUUUUUUCAACCAAAACGCUCCCCACUUGUUGACAAGCUAAGCCAGAAAUUAUGGUCGAGCAAAAUGAAGGCAUCGUACUGUCUGGCCAAACUACUAGUCUGCGCAGUUAUCAUCGUCGCAACGGAAUUGACAAUCUCCUGGAACGGCAUUAACAGCCUUAAUGAACUUGACUCUGCUGGGCAAACAAUCCCCUUUGUAGUUGGUUGUUGCGCUUUGGCCCGCGUUAUCUAUGUUACGAGCAUCCAAGACCGUGUGUGGAAGUGGGAGGAGGCAGCCACCUGGAAGGAUAUGCUUGACGCGCUCAAACCACGAUUUCGGCCUGAUGAUGGAAUCCUCAGAAGGGUGGAACGUGUAAGCGCGUAUUAA